UAAUAUUUUGUAAAUGUCAAAAACAGCUGUUAUGUGCCUUGCCUGUGUUUACUAAUUUAGGUUAUAAUAAAAUACUUGCCGUAUUCUUGCGGAAGCGGCUUUGUCAGCUCUUUUUCUCUUUUUUAAUUGCGCUGUGUAACUUUGUUACUAAGGUACCUGGUUAAAAUGAGUUGUAGUAAUUAUAAUCUAAUUAGUACUAGUGAUGUGCCGGAAGACCAGCCUGGAAACCACAAUACAAAAAUAUGCGGAAUAUGUAAUCUAAACACUAGCAAGUAUUGCUGCCCAAGAUGCGAAAUACUUUAUUGUUCAUUAGACUGCUAUAAAUCUGAAAGCCACACAAUAUGCUCUGAAGACUUCUACCGAGAUUGUGUCAAUGAGGAGUUAGCUAACCUCAAUGCUGAUGACGACACCAAAAAAAAAACUAUUGAAAUUCUGAAGAGAAUACAAAAUGGUGAGAACCUCGAAUUAGCUUAUGAUGAGAAUGAGGCAGCUGCAGACUCAGAUGAUGAGGUGGCAGAUGAUUUGGAACAGAGGAUAAAAGACUUGGACUUAAAUAAUGCAGAUGAGAUGUGGAACGUGCUAACAGAGGAUGAGAAAAAUGAAUUCCGGGCUUUAUGUAACGCUGGAGAUGUCACAUCUAUAAUACCACCAUGGGAGCCGUGGUGGAUGUACAGUAAGGAAGAAAAGUUAGUGGAAGAGGUCAAUGAAAAGAAUAUGGAAGAUGUGGAAGCUCUAAGGAAUUGUCCUGGUUUGAAACCUGUGGUUGAAUUUGGCAAACUAACUACAGUCCAGCCCUCAGCCACUAUCAAAAUGAACAUUGCCAAUGUCUUGACCGCUUAUGCUUUCAUAAUGAGGUACUUCAACGGAGAACUGGAACCUAUUGAAGGGACUAUUUGCUUCCUGAUGAUUUGUGGAAAUCUGGGCUCAAACACAAACUAUGAUGAUUUGGCUACUGCUGUCGAAUCGGUGGCACAGAAAUGUUUGCAGACUGAAUUCAUUGAGACUGAUAAAGAGAGCUUAGAAGUAAUGAAACACGACACUUUUCUCAUAUUACAAGGGCCAAGCCACGACAACAGAGAUCACUACAGCAAAGCCGCCUUGUCCCAUUUACACAAAGUAUUUGGUGAGGCGAAGAAAACCGAAAAAGGGGACAAAAAGUCAAAAGAAGUAAACAAAAACGAAUUCUCCAAAAUAUUCCCAGAUCACAAACAGGAGCAUCUUCCAAAAUUAGAAGUCGUUAAACUGAAGAAAUGUAUGAAAAAGCUAGAGUUUUAUUUGUCAUAUAUCGAAAGUUAUGGAAUGGACUUUGAAUAAUAGUUUAAUAUUUUAUUUGCUGUAGCAGUUAUAACGAGCAAACUUCUUUUGUGUCUCGUUGAGCGUCCGCGAAAGUGUUAUGGAUAAUCUGAGUCAACUAAAAUAAAAAUGAAUAUACUUACAAAUC